CUAAUGUGCACAGUUUCGGUUGUUCAUGUUUUUAUGUGACUCGUGACGUUUCUCAGGCUUUUCGUUGAUACGCGACACGUGGUCGAAUCGAAUGCAUCGUUCGAGAAUUUAUUAAAUAAGAUGUCGCGUUUAGUAGUGAAAAAUUUGCCGAAAAGCGUGACAGACACUAAACUGAAAGAAUUAUUUAGUCAAAAGGGUAUUGUGACUGAUGUCCAGUUGAAGUAUACGGAAGAUGGAAAGUUUCGACGAUUUGCAUUUAUCGGAUACAAGACAGAGGAGCAAGCGAAACUGGCACAGUCCUUUUUUGAUCAAACAUAUAUCGACACAUGUAAAAUAUUUGUUGAGCAGUGUGCAGGUUUAGGUGAUUCCUCCAAACCAAGAUCAUGGAGCAAAUAUGCAAAUGAUAGCUCUUAUAAAAAGAUUAAUAAAUCUCUUGAUGAUAAAUCACAGGAAACAUUGACAGAUUCUACAAAAAAGGAUAAUAUAAAAGAAAGUAAAAGUGAUAAAAAGAAGAAAAAAAAGAAUGCAGACAAAGAAAAUAAUGAUGAAAUUAAGAAAGCACUUGAAAAGUAUAAGGAUGAUCCUUUAUUCGUGGAAUUUCUUGAAACACAUACUGGUAAAACAGCUUGGAAAAAUGAUAUUGAUAUAUCUAUGGAAACAUACACUGAAAAAGAGAAGUCUGAUGAUGAUGAUGAUGAGUCUAAUGAUGAUAAAGAUGAUGAAUCUAAGGAAAGUAAAGAUAAAAAGGAAGAUGAGAAAAAUAAAGAAGAAGAAAAAAUUGCGAAUAAAGUUAUAUCAGAUUUAGAGUAUAUAGAGGCAUUAAAGAAAAAGCAACAGAAUGUAAAAAGUGAAGAAAAAUCUGUGAUCAACAAUGUGCCAAAACAUGGUCCAAUCACAUUCUUCACUGUAAAAUUACGAGGACUUGCAUACAAACAUGUAAAAAAGCAUAUUAAACAAUUUUUUCGUCCUAUAAAAGUUGCAUCUAUACGAAUUCCACCUAAAAUUAAAGGUAUUGCUUAUGUAGGUUUCAAAACGGAGCAGGCCAUGAAGAAAGCUCUUAUGAAAAAUAAGAGUUUCCUAGAAGGAAAGCAGAUAUUUGUAUCUAAAUAUGAGCGAAAAGAAGCAAUUGAAUCUAACGGAAAUUCAAAUAAUGAAGCCAAAAUUAAAUGGAAAAAACAAGAAGAUGCUUUGAAGAAUGAAGAGAAUAUAGCGGAAUCUGGAAGAAUAUUUAUCAGAAAUCUGACAUAUACAGUUACAGAAGACGAUAUAAGAAAAUUGUUUGAAAAAUAUGGCCCUUUAUCUGAAGUGAAUUUACCUGUGGAUAGAGUGACUAGGACACCAAAAGGAUUUGGCACGAUAACCUUCUUGAUGCCGGAACAUGCUAUAAAGGCUUACAAUGAACUGGAUGGUUCUGUACUAGAUGGUAGAAUGUUACAUAUUCUUCCCGGGAAGACGAAAACUUCCUUGGAAGACAUCGAUAUGGAAAAUUUAACUUAUAAACAAAAGAAGGAGCUGCAGAAUAAGGCAACGGCAGGUUCAUCACAUAAUUGGAAUACGCUGUUUCUUGGACAGAAUGCCGUAGCGGACGCUAUCGCGAGUCGCUAUAACACGACGAAGGAGAAGUUAUUAGAAGACGGAUCUAAUGGAAUGAGCGCCGCGGUCAAAUUGGCACUAGGAGAGACGCAAUUGGCACAAGAUACAAGAGCUUUUUUAGAAGAAAAUGGCGUGUGUCUGGACGCUUUCAAUCAAGCACCAAAGAAGAGAUCGACCACUGUAAUCUUAGUGAAAAAUUUACCGGCUAAAACAGAAUCGAAGGAAUUCCGAGAAAUGUUUGCCAAGUACGGGGAAUUGGCGCGUAUCGUAAUGCCACCGGCGGGUAUAACAGCACUGAUCGAAUUUCUAGAACCAUCCGAAGCACGCAAAGCUUUCCACGCAUUAGCUUAUAAAAAAUAUAAGCAUCUACCGUUAUAUCUGGAAUGGGCACCAGAUAACAGUUUCAUCAGACCUGCAUCUGAGACUGACAUGGCUAAAAGUAAUACAGACAAAAGAAAAGAAUCGACAGAUUCAGCAAAGAAAGCUAAAAAAGAAGUAAUGACAGAAGAAUCUAAAGAAAAUGAGAAUAUGCAUACAAAGGAGGAUGAUGAGCCGCCUGAACCAGACACUACACUUUUUGUAAAAAAUAUCAAUUUCUCAACUACAGAAGAACAGUUGAAAGAUUACUUUGGUAAAUGCGGUCCUCUUCAUUACAUCACAAUAGCCACUAAGAAAGAUCCCGAAAAUCCGGCUAACAAGCUAUCUAUGGGAUAUGGGUUUGUGAGAUACAAGAGAAAACACGACGCGGAUCGUGCGUUGAAAACGUUACAGAUGUCAGUACUUGAUGGGAAGAGUUUGGAAUUGAAGCGAUCUGAGAGAACUUUAAUAUCCGAUGUCAAAACAGCGAAGAAGAAGUCUAAAAUUACCGAACAAACUGGUUCUAAAAUUUUGGUACGUAAUGUACCCUUCCAAGCAACUCUCCAGGAAAUAACGGAAUUAUUCAAAUCGUAUGGUGAAUUGAAGGCUGUACGAUUGCCAAAGAAAUUGGUCGGCGCUGAGAAGCACAGAGGAUUUGCCUUUGUCGAGUAUUACACAAAGACAGACGCAAAGAAAGCGUUUAAAGCACUAUGUCAAAGUACUCACUUGUACGGUCGAAGGCUAGUGCUUGAAUGGGCACAGGCAGAGGAAGGUAUCGAAGAAAUUAGAAAACGUACUGCGAAACGUUUCUACCAAGAGAGUUCAACAAAGAGAUUCAAGAAAUCUACAUUAGAUCCUGAGAGUGUUGGCCUCGAAUUAAAUUCGGCGGACACAUAAAACAAAAAUUAUUAAGCAAAACAAAUGUUAAUAUGUAAAAACUUCUGUAAUUUAAUAAAAGUUUUGUGAUCGUGCAUAAUUUAAAAA